UUGCAUUGACAGAUCGAACUAAAAGAAGCCAGAUUCUUUCCAUGGCAAUGUAUAUUCGUGUGAAGCGCAUGAAAGCCACUUACUUUAUCCAGUGCGACCCCACAGAGACUGUUUUGGAUGUGAAGCAGAAACUGUUUACCCUCAUUGAACAACCGGUUAGUAACCAGCGUCUGGUCUUAAUGUCUACUGAAGAAGUGCUAGAGGAUUCAAAAUCUCUAGAUGAGCAGAAGGUUGAGAACGAAGCAGUUGUGGCUCUGACUUUGAGAAAAGAUGAUAACGAGUUUGAGGAUGUGGACAUUCCACAGCCCGCCGACUUCUCAAUCUCAUGAAGAUUCACCGGAUUUGCAUGAACAGGAGAAGAGUAUAUAUAUAAUUCAAAACGCAGGUUGUGUUCAUUAUCUCUGAUGGUGUGUCAACAAAUGCCUCAUUAGUGGUUACAGACCAGUUGUUGUAAUUAAAGACUAGUAGUUGGGUGUGUGAUAUCAUCUUUCACAUGUUUCCAAUCGCUCUCUAAUGCAACUUACCGUUAGCUAGAUCUGUAGCAAACAAUAGGGUAUUUUUGUCAGGUAUUCAUAAAACACACUUGGACACUUCAAGAAGAUCGUAGUGUUCUUGUUGGUGUACACACCUUUCC